AUGACGAAUUUAGAGCCAUCUUCUUCAGCUACUUCUCCGAUGGUGCUGCCACGGUCGCCGAGGCACUCAUCAUUCAGUGGCGGAGGUGCGUAUAGGAAAAUUUCGAGGUACCUUGAGAAUAAUGAAGGUGAAAAUGGAGAUGAUAUUGAAGCUGGAGAAGGGAAUAAUAAUGAUAAUGGAUCUGAUGUGAAGGUUGCACUACCAGUUUUUGAAGAGAAGUUUUUGGUUAUUAUGGCUGGACAAAUGAAGCCAACUUUUAUUGCUACACCUAUAUCUAGUAGGGUUUCAUCUUUUGGUAGCUGCAGUAGCGGUUGUACUACGAGCAGUGAGAGUAGUACAAAGAAAUCGGAGGGAGAAGAGGAUGAAGGGAAAAAAUAA